AUGCAUUUUAUGGGCUCCAGUGCCGAGAAAGGCCGUGCCGGACUAAUGGGCCGUGUGUCCACUGUCCAAAUUCUCACCUUGCACCGUGAGCUACUGGUCUCCCAGGUGAAGAGCACGCAGUGCAUUCUGGAUAACCUCCUACAAAGUGGUUUUCUGUGUACCGAGGAUGCAGAAAUCAUCCAGCGCUCAGCCACCAAGACAGACCAGGUAAUUUACCAUAGGAGGGUUUCAAAGAGGAGACAUGUCCAUUUGGACCACAUAUCAAAUUACAAAGUAGCCAUCACAAAGACAUGCUCUUGCCUACAAGGCCCUAACUCAAAUUGACUAAUUUAUUUUAAGAUGAGAAAAUAUAAAGACAAUACUUUAUUUUGCAAUACAAUGGCAUUUGGUAUGCUGGCAGAAUCCUGUUUGGCCACAUUAAUCAAUGUAGAAAGUGAGAUAGAAAAAUGGUUAGCUGUUAAAUUAUUAUUAAAUAUUAAUCACUGUAAAGUAAAUAUGAUUUACUUAUGAUUGACAUUGCACAGGUGCGUAAAAUCCUGGAAUUGGUCCAAAGCAAAGGGGAGCAGGCAUGUGAAUACUUCCUAUAUAUUCUCCACAAAGUUUAUGAUGCAUACAUAGACCUCCAACCAUGGCUUAAAGAGAUCAACUACCAGCCACCAGACUCCAUACAGGACAUACCAGUGAAGAACACAGACCCUAGUAAGUAUGUCAGUAGACUGUAUGGUGCUGCACUUCAUGUGCUAUUGGAAUAUUAUAAAAUAAAAAAUACAGUGCAUUGGAAAUGUAAGCUAUUAGAGAAUCACGAGGGCAACUACUGUAUAUUUUGGCUGAAUAUCAGUGGUUGAGAAUGAGACUGCAGUGUAUUCUCACUACCCCCCUCUCUUCUCAGUUAGUAGGUACUGUGAGAAGCUGAGGCACGAGCUGGGCCGAGACACGCGCUUCAUUGCCUCCUAUGCCCAGCGAGAGGAGACCCUCCUGGAGGAGCUCUAUACAGACACCCUGAUGGAGCUCCUGAAUGACCGCAAUGAGAGCCUGGGCCACCUGGAGGGUCUGGCGCAGCUCCUGGGAGAGCAGGGUGUAUUUAACCCCGAGGCCGAGACGGUGCUCGUCACUGGGGACGCUGGGGUGGGCAAGUCUAUCCUCCUCCAGAAGCUCCAGAGGCUGUGGUCCAAGCGGGAGCUGGAACAGACAGACGCCAUGUUCUUCUUCAAGUUCAGCUGCAGGAUGUUUAGCACAUUCAAGGAGACAGAUGAGAUCUCACUCAGGGACCUGCUCUUCAAAUAUAACUGCUACCCUGACCAGGAUGAGGAUAACGAGGUGUUCAGAUAUAUCCUCCGCUUCCCUGAAAAGGUUAUCUUUACGUUUGACGGCUAUGAUGAGAUCCAGGAUGAUCUGGACCUGAAGAACGUGCCUGACGUGGUUUCUCCAGAGGAGAGGACUCACCCCCUUCUGGUGCUCAUUAACCUGCUCUGUGGGAAGCUGCUUAAUGGUUCCCGGAAGGUUCUUACGGCUCGGACAGGCACCGAGGUCCAGAGCAGGGUGAUCCGGAAGAGGGUGGCCCUGCGUGGGUUCUCUCCGGCCCACCUUCAGACCUACACCAACUUGCACUUCAAGGACCAGGAGCACCGGGACCUGGUCUCAGUCCAGAUGGACGCCAGCCCCCACCUCUGUGGCCUCUGCUCCAUCCCCCUCUUCUGCUGGAUCGUCUUCAAGAGCUUUAAACACCUGCGCUCAGUCUACGAUGACUUUGAGCUGCCAGAGGUUUGCGUGACCCUCACUAACGUAUUCCUCCUGCUGUCUGAACUCUUCUUCAGCCGGGGGGCCGCUCCCCCACCUAGCCUCCUGAAGAGAAACACCAGGUGUCCCGCUGAUACCUUCAGGGCAGGGCUGAAGCCGCUGACAGCCUUCUCCAAGCUGGCUCUGCUGGGCAUGGAGAGAGGAGGCUUCGUGUUCAACCAGGAGGAGGUGGCCUCCUGUGGCCUGACUGAGGAGGACCUUCAGAUGGGUUUCCUCCGACCAGUCAGCCACUACAAUGCCUGUGGAAACCCUUCCACCUUUGAGUUCCUGCACCUCACCCUGCAGUCCUUCUUGGCUGCAUUCUCCCUGGUUCUGGACGAACAGGCCACCGUAGGCAACAUCCUCAAGUUCUUUACAGAGUGCAGCAAGAGGGACAACACAUCUUGUUUAUCGUGUGUCGUCCCCUACAUCUGUGGUUCCUCUAAACCCAGAGGAAAGGACCCGUUCAAGACCAAUGAGCAUCUCCAGUUCGCCAACCUCUUCCUGUGUGGACUGCUGUCUAAGGCCAACGCCGGCCUGCUGAAGCACAUUGUUCCUCCAGCGCUACUGAAGAGGAAGCGGGCGGUCCUCAAGUCCUACCUGUCCACCAGCGUGAGGUCCCACCUCCGCGGCCUGCCACUCCACAGCACAGAGCAGGAGGGCAGCAAGGUGCACGUCCUGCCCAACUUCCUGUGGAUGCUGCGCUGCAUCUUCGAGACAGGAAGUAAAGAGGUGGCCCAGCUGACUGCGAAGGGCAUAACAGCUGACUACAUCAAGCUGGGCUACUGUAAUGUGUUCUCUGGCGACUGCAGCGCCCUCAACUUUGUGCUGCAGCACCGGCGGAAGAGGCUAGGGGUGGACAUGGACAACAACAACAUCAGUGACUAUGGGGUCAAGCAGCUCAGGCCUUCAUUCAGUAAGAUGACUGUGGUGAGGUGAGGAAUUAGGAAUACAUGCAGAUGGAAACACUAUGUACUUUAUGCCACUGUUUACAUAAAAGGUACACUUGUUUACAAGUAACAUUUGCAAAUCAUGUCUUUCUGCUAUAAAAAAAUACUAGUAUAACUAACUAUAAAGUAUAACUUUUCAGCCAAAUUAGUUUUUUCCAUUUCAGGUUGUGUGUCAAUCAGAUCUCAGACAGCAGCGUUGAGGUACUGGCUGAGGAGCUUAUCAAACACAAAGUGGUGAAGGUUCUGGGGUGAGUCAGUGUCUAUCAGGGUCAACUUGCCUGUCAAACUUCAGUACAGUAUUGUGCUGAAUGAUGAAAUUCAUAUGACGUGACUAUUUAUUUUGUCUUGAUUUUACAGACUUUACAAUAAUCACAUCACGGACAUCGGAGCAAUGCUAAUCGCUCAUAUCAUUGAGGAAUGUCCUAAGUUAAGAGUCGUCAAGUAUGUAAAUUAAUAUGUCCAAUCAAUGAUAUAAUUACUUGUGUAUAAAUUAAAAUGUUUAUUUUUGGCACUUUGAUUUGUUCAAAGGCUUGGCAGCAACAAGUUCACCAGUGUGGGUGGCAGGUAUCUAGCCAGUGCCAUUCAGAAGAGCACAUCUAUCUUUGACGUGGGGUAAGUGCACUAUUGCAAUAUUUUUUAUUCAAUUUUGGAUCAGAGUGCAUGGGAUGGAUUGUUCCUGUUUUUCAGAAUGUGGGGGAACACCAUUGGUGAUGAAGGAGCGAGAGCAUUCGCAGAGGCCCUGAGGAAUCACCCAAGUCUUACCAACCUCAGGUGAGAUAGAUGGCAAGAUAUGUCAUCGUUAUCGUUUCUCUGAAUAAGUAUGUGGCACUGAUUGUGCCAUGUCAUUUUCAGUUCUCCCACAACUGUGGUUCAGGUCAGAAAUAAGGAAGUAUAACCCAUUGGUGUAUCAUUUUUCUAACGCACAUUCAGCUACAGUAUGGGUUACUGAACUCCCUUACUCACAAACACUGAAACUACAGUAUCUAUUUUACAGUAUAUCACUCUGCCUCAUAGUAAUAUCAUUACUUAAAGUAAUACAGUAUACUUAUGUAUUACUAAUAAUAAUUAUAUUUCUAUGCUCUUCUCUCCCUUAGUCUCUCAGCCAAUGGCAUCACUUCAGAAGGUGGGAGGAGCUUGGCCGAAGCGCUGAAAGACAACACAAUGCUCAGAAUCUUCUGGUAGGACAAUCUUAUUAAUUCAUACAGUUUCUGGUGACAGUAUGUGUAUCUGUAUAUUUAAUGUGUAUUUGUGCCUUGGAGUUAACAGUUUAUACGUGGUGUUUUGUUCUAGGUUGGUGCAAAACAAGUUGUCAGAUGAUGUAGCACCAGACUUGGCAGAACUGAUCAGAUCCAACACGGGUCUAUCUCACCUCUGGUAAGGCAGGCCACAGUCUCAACACUCCCCCCAACAACCAAUAAUUAUGUUUAGCUUCAGAAUGAACCAGAAAGUAAACAAAAGUUAUUUCUGAAUGUUAAUAAAAGUUAGCCGGUUAACCUAGUGAUCACUCUGUGCAGGUUAAUCAAGAAUCAGCUGACAGUGGAUGGAAUCAGAACGCUGUCAGAGGCUCUCUCCAACAACACAUCUCUCAAAGAGAUCAGGUGAGUGUAUGCAAUGUCUUUCGUUUAAAGGCACAUUACUCUAUUUUUUUGUACCAGGUUAAUAAUAGUAUUUGAUAUAUUCCUGAAAUACAUCUUUCACCAUUUCCACUUUGUAAUGGUUGUGGGUCUUUGAAUGCAUUGCUGGUUCCUGAUUAUCAUGUGCUCUGUCAUCACUCACCCAUAGUUUGAAAGGAAACUGUCUUUCUGAAGAGGAAGAGAAGCUGUUUGAGGCUGAGGGAAGGCUACGCUUCCACUGA